AUGUUGAAAAUUUCAGGCAAUUCUAAUUUGGGAGCCAACUCCAAAUCGGAGGAUCGAUACGAACGUACGGACCGCGUAAUUCCUAACGAUGGUUAGGAAACCACGACUUGAAAUUAUUUCACGGGGAAACCCGACGGGAAAGAGGAAAUCGAGAAAAGUUUGAAUUUCGUGACUCUGCCGUGCAGAACCAAACUGUUCCUGGCCCGGGCUGUCCGGAGCUGCUCGAACGUCUAAUUAGCGUGUCUCCGACGUCGACGCGUCUGUCUCCUUCGUUUUACCCUCGAUUUGGACCUCAACGAGGGGGAACCUUGCGCGAAAGCCACGAACUCGAUCGGAGAACAUCUGAUAAAAAGAUCACAUUUCGGCCAACAAUCACAUUGUCUCGAUUGGCUAAUUAA